AUGUCGCUCUUAAACACAACACUGCAGACCCUUGUGGUCCGGCUUCGUGAUAUGUCGGGAAAUGUUACCCAACAAAAACUUCACAAUCGUGUAUUUGACGCCUAUGAGGCCAAAUCACUUGUUUUUGAGGCGAUUUCACCCGAACAACAAGUGGUGAUGCAGCAGUACGGUGGUAUUCCACCCCAACAUCCCGUAGGACAGCCGUUGCUUUUAGACGGAUGGUCAGAUCUCAUUAGUGUACACAAGGAUGAGAAUCUCUAUCAAUUACUGCCACGUCGAGCCAAGAGUAAUGCCAGUUAUAGCACCAUGAAAGCUAUUUGUUGUAGUACUGGAUCACCCUUCACAAUGGAUCAUCGUGUAGAUCCAAUAGACUAUAAGAUGGUUUUUCGUGCGGCGGAUAUGGAAAUUCGAAAUCAGUUUAACGCCAAAAAUCAAGAUAAAGUCCCUAGCACCAUUUGGUUUGAUGGUAUUUUGAGUGCACCUAAUGACACGGGUUUGGUGAGUUGUCACAACUCACUCUCUCCGGCGCAUGUCAAUAAUUUAGCGGGUACUUUUCAGUUUCUCAAAGAGUGGUCGAAGGAACCACCAGAGGGAGACCGUCACAGGCAAAUAAAACAAAUGUAUUCUCAGCUCUUUUCAAAACGGACACAUUUGUUUAUUGGAUCAACUUCUGUUCCAGGAAGGGAAAUCUUAAAUUAUGCCAAAUCAAAGAAUGUUUUUGUGUACGCUAAAAGGGGAUUACAUUACGUCUUUCAUGCGUAG